UGUGGUUGAUGUCGUUUCCUACGUAAUGAUGCAUAAUCUUGUUUGUGCUCUACCUUCUCCAUGGUGGUUUCUAUUUACCUGUAUCUAAUGAAAUACUUCUGCUUCACCAGCCACGGUUGGUAGAUAUUUCCCUAGAGCCAAUUCAUUUGUGUUGAUUUCAGGACAUUUUUCAUCCAACUUUGGAAAAUUUGAUAAUUUAUCCUCAAGUUCACAGCACCUGUACACCAUUCAUCAGACAGUGGUACGAUCAGUUGCUUUGGUCAUAAUCUGUUAUAUCCUCUUGUACAAAACCUCCUUGUCUUUUUUUUUUCUAAUCUACAUAUCUUUCUGGCCUUCAAACACAAAUGUGUAAAAUAAAACACGAAUUUUUAAUAUUUUUUUUUCUUUACCAAACUUCUUAACCUCUUUUCUUUGUUUCUGUACCACAAAUAAAUAAAUCCCAUUUAUUUACCACAAUAAAUAAUCUGAAUUUCAUACAAUAGGCAUCUCUGAGGUAAUGUAGAACAUGUGUUUUGGGUUUAGUCAGCCUGUGUUCCCAUCCUGACUGUCAUUUAUUGGCUUAUAGCUUAGGACACCUUAUUUUAGCCCUCUUAGUUUCCACAUCUAUAAAAUAGGGUAAUGAGAGUAUUUAAUAGGUUUACUGUGUGGAUUAAAUAAAUCAGUGGAUUCACAGUUUAGGAUAAUGUCUGUUGUUUAGUUAUCCCUGCAUGAGUGCUAGCUGCUAUUAUGAUCACUUUCCCCUGCUCUCUAUUUCCACUUAGUUCAUCAAGAUUUUUUUAAAAUUUCCCUCCUUUCCAUUCUCACUGCCAACAUCAUGAUUCAAACCUUCAUGAUCUUUUGCCUGAAUUAUUUUAAUAGUCUCCUAACUCAUAUUUCUGUUCUCAUUUAAUCCUAAACCCUAACAAAUUUAGGAUGUUGCAUUCUAAAACCUUUAUCUUGAGUAAGAACACUGUAUUUUGCAACAUCAAGGUCUUUCAGAAAAAUAUAUAAUUUAAGCAAAACUAAAACAUUAAGCAUUAGGUGUGUAUAUAUAGGUGUGUAUGUGUAUAACUAUGUAUAUGAAAUCUCGCAUUGGAUAAAAGUGAAAGCAAACCCAUUUGAACCAAAUUAGAUAUUCAUGGUUAUUAAAUUCGCUUAUGUUAAUCAUUUUCUUGGCACCUUCCUCUGUUGAUUAAAAACGACCGAAGUGGGGGAACCAGGAUGGCUUAGUCGGUUAGGUGUCCGGCUUCGGCUCAGGUCUUGAUCUUAUGGUUCGUGAGUUUGAGCUCCACAUUGGGCUCUGUGCUGACAGCUCAGAACCUGGAGCCUGCUUUGGAUUCUGUGCCUCUCUGUCUCUCUGCCCCUCCCCUGUUAACGCUCUGUCUUUGUCUCUCAAAAAUAAAUAAACAUUAAAUUAAAAAAAAAAAAACUACUGAAGCAUGUAAUAUGCUUGAAUAUGUAUUUAUAUAAUUUUAUGUUAUGGAGAUAAUACAUUUUUUUUAGUUGUGAACCAGUUAGGAUUUUCCUUUGACAUAUAUCCAUACAUCUCUCUAUGUAUCUCUACAUAUUUCUUUUCAAGCACGUAUUCUCUUCAUAAUUUGCAAUUCCUACAUCACACAUUUGUUCCUAUUUUAUAUGAGAGGGAUCAGGAAUGGUCGAGGCUCUUGUUUUGUUUAAAGAGAGUGACCUGAAGUGGACUUAAUAAGUGAAUUUUUAGGUAUUGAUGUAUAUAUGUAUCAAGUUACUGAAAAACCACAAGAAAUGAAACCAUUCUGGGCAAGGCGUGGUUUUCUCCUGAUAAUGUGAUCCCCUCAUUAUCAACCAUUCUCAGAUGCCACUGUUGUCAUUUAAUCCAUGCCCUAAGUGAUAACAGAAUCCAGUCUAAAUGCCUUUGGCUGUAAUCUGACUUUGCAGCUUAGAUCAUGCGAUUUUAGCCACAUAAAACUAUGACAUCUCUUCUCUUCUUUUGUCAUAUCUUAAGUGUCUCUUGAAAUUUUACUUUCAAAUUCCAGCUUAAAUGACAUCCCUACUAUGAAUUGUCAUUGAUUCCACUCCAUUCCCUUCCCAUCUCAAUCAAGACAAGGUUUUGUAACGAUUUCAUUUAUAUUUAUAUCUUUUAUAGCAUUUACAUUCUGCUCAAAAUACAGCUGUUUGUAUACAUUUUUUAAAAUUACAUUGUUAUCUCCCUGAGUAAAGGACCACAUUUUAUUGGCCAGAUGUAAACAAAAUACAGUAGAGUUGAAUCUUACAUAGGUUCUGCAUUCUAAAAUCAGCAUUUAAAGUUAAAAUUUUAUACUAUCAAUAUUAUCCUGAAAAUUUCCAAAAGUAAUAUAUUAAAUGUACUCUACAGAGUUUAUAUGCCACAUUGAUUGAGGGCUGACAUUUAGUCUCUCAACAUGUAACCCUGAAAUUUCCUUCUACUUUGGAUCAAGUCAUUGUUUUCUUCACUUCAGAACAGAUGAAGUAAUUGGCUUAUACUUAGAGGCUGUGUUGUAUGAAAAAAGUCCAGGCAUCUUUAAACAUGAAAAUCAAAUACAGCUUGGUGACAUGCUCAGACUAUGAGAACUAAAAAUGAUUAAGGGCAUUUUUUCCUCUUGCAAUUACUUUUUAAAAGCUAAAUGGUUCAAAAAUUCUGUCUAUCUUCUUGGUUUUCAUGAAAUUUGGUUGCCCAUAUUCACAAGAGUUAGAUAGAUAGACACAGGUUGGGGUAAAAAUAUACUGGUUUUGCUUAUAUCAAACGUAAACACUUCUGUCCAUCAAAGGAGACAACAGAUGAAAAAGCUGACUGUGAAAUGGGAGAGACUAAUUACAAAUCAUAUAUCUGAAAAAGGGUUAACAUUCAGAGUACAUAAAGCACUGCUAUAACUCAGUAACAACAGUAGAAGUCAUAAAUCGAUUGAAAAAAAUGAGCAAAGGACUGGAAUAGACAUUUCUCCAAAGAAGAUAGAAAAAUGGUUAACAAGCAUAUGAGAAGAUGCUCAACAUCACUGAUCAAUAGAGAAAUUCAAAUCAAAACCAUAAUGAGCUAUCCCUUCACACCCAUUAAGAUGGCUGCAAUCCAAACACAAAAAAUAACAAGUGUUGGUGCGGGUAUGGAGAAAUUGGAACCUGUGCACUGUUGAUGGAAAUGUAAAAUGGUCAGCAGCUUAAGAUAACAGUAUGGAGUUUCCAUAAAAAAAAAAAAGGAAAAUAUAAUUACAACAUGAUGCUGCAAUUCCACUUCUGGAUAUAUGUCCAAAAGACUUGAAAACAAGAUCUCAAAGAGAUAUUUUCAUAUCCAUGUUCACUGCAGCAUUGUUCAUAAUAAAUGGCCAAACAAAAUGUGGUAUGUAUAUGCAGUGAAAAACUCUUCAGCCUUAAAAAAAAAAAAAAAAGGAAAUUCUGUUACAUGCUACAACAUGGAUAAACCCUGAAGGCAUUAUGCUAAGUGAAAUAAUCUAGUCGCAAAAAGAGAAAUUCUAUAUGAUUCCUUUUAUAUGAGGUAUCUAAGGUAGUCAGACUCAUAGAAAUACAAUGUAGAAAAAUAGUGGUUUCAAGGAUUAGGGGCAGGGAGAAAUGGGGACUUGUUCAAUCAGUAAAGAGUUUCAGUUUUAUAGGAUGAAAAGGUUCUGGAGAUUUCUUGGGCAACAAGGUGGAUAUGCAUAGUGCUACUGAAUUAUACACUUAAAAAUGGCUAUGAUGGUAAAUUUCAUUUUUUUUUUGGCCAAAAUUAAUAAUCAUUUAAAAAAUACUGGUUUAAAUAACUACUUUAAAUCUGGGAUGAUUGGCAUCAUGUGGUGUGUUGGCUCAGUUCAAGUUAUUUAUUCAAGAAUGACUUUCAUAUAGAAACAUUGUUAAAAGAGCAGUAUUUUACUUUAGAUAGACCUUAACUGAAAUCCACUCUACUACUGAUGGACUAUAUUACCUGGAAUGCUAGUUUAGCUGCUCUGAAUAUCAACUUUUUCUCACGCUAAUUUGGGUUAAAAAUAGUAUCUACCUAUAGGAGCUUGAAAUGAAAUAUGUUGGCUUUAACACACAGUGGGCAGUCAAAAAAUUUGGUUAUUGUUUCUAUUGAUUGUUCCAUUUAAAAAGUAAAUAUAGUGAAAGCUUAAGACUUCUUUGUUAGAACAAACAUCUAUGACUUAAUUCAAUUUAUAUUUGGAAGAUAGGCACAAUUACUUUUCUUUAGUAUUUUUGAAAGGGCGUUCCAACAUGAAAUGCUUGAUUAUUUACUUGAAUCAGGAUUGAAACACUUGGCUAGUUGAAGGCAAUUUUGGGAAUGAGAAGAAGGGUGCCUCUGGAUGAUUGAAGCUGGAUUUCUGAAUUGGUUUUUUCAGAAAUAAGGGGCUGCAUUGCCCAUUUUCCAUGAAUUUACAUUUUUCAUAGUAAAUUGCCUUGGAUCAGAUAAAUUUUAAGUAACAUCUCUCAUUUUUUCAUUACAUUCAAAAAGAGUAGCCUUAAUCUUCAUCUUUCUCGUUCUCUUUAUUAUUUCCUUUCUGUUGGACACUUGACUCUUUCUUAUUUAUUUUCCAGUGAGGCUUACCAUUUUUAUAGAUAGCCUUUGUUUUUUUUUUGUUUUUUUUUUUAAUUUUCAGAUUUCAUUUCUUAUUUUCAACUAUUCUAAAUACUUAUGAUUUUUGAAGUUUAGCUUUAUUUUACUGUUUACUCUCAUAAGCACUGUGUUCUUUGCAAGAAUUUUCUAACUGAAUUAUUACUGUGUAGUGACUGAUACUAUUUUCUGCUUUUCGCAGGUGAGUAACGUGAGGCACAAAGAGAUUAAAUAACUCACCCAAGUUCCCUCCUAAGAGAAUCGUGGUAACAUCUGUGUGGUCCAGUUGGUUGUAUCUUGUACAUACAGACCGAUAUCAGCUAUUUCCCAGGAUAGUGCCCUGUUCCAUUAUCAGAUUGAAUUUUCACUGUUUGAAAGAGGACAUUGUUUUCAUCAUGAAUGCUACUAAAAAUGAGAGACCAAAGUCCAGAAGCCACAAUUUUCACCUUUUUCAUGCCUUGAUGAUGCUGAGCAUGACCAUGCUGUUUCUUCCUGUCAUUGGAACUGCUAAGCAAAAUAUUCCACGACUCAAGCUGACUUACAAAGACUUGCUGCUUUCAAAUAGCUGCAUUCCGUUUUUGGGUUCAUCAGAAGGACUAGAUUUCCAAACCAUUCUGUUGGAUGAGGAGAGGGGCAGGCUGCUUGUAGGAGCGAAGGACCACAUCUUCCUGCUCAGUCUGGUUGACUUAAACAAAAACUUUAAGAAGAUUUAUUGGCCCGCUGCGAAGGAACGAGUGGAAUUAUGUAAAUUAGCCGGGAAAGAUGCCAAUACAGAAUGUGCAAAUUUCAUCCGUGUACUUCAGCCCUACAACAAAACUCACAUUUAUGUGUGUGGAACUGGAGCAUUUCAUCCAAUAUGUGGUUAUAUUGAUCUUGGAGUCUACAAGGAGGAAGUUAUAUUCAAACUAGACACACAUAAUUUGGAGUCUGGCAGACUGAAAUGUCCUUUUGAUCCUCAGCAGCCUUUUGCUUCGGUAAUGACAGAUGAGUACCUCUACUCUGGAACAGCUUCUGAUUUCCUUGGCAAAGAUACCGCAUUCACGCGGUCCCUUGGGCCUACUCACGACCACCAUUACAUCAGAACUGACAUUUCAGAGCACUACUGGCUCAAUGGAGCAAAAUUUAUUGGAACUUUCCCUAUCCCAGACACCUAUAAUCCAGAUGAUGAUAAAAUAUAUUUCUUCUUUCGUGAAUCAUCGCAAGAAGGCACUACUUCUGAUAAAACCAUCCUUUCUCGAGUUGGAAGAGUUUGUAAGAAUGAUGUUGGCGGACAGCGCAGCCUGAUAAACAAAUGGACAACUUUUCUUAAAGCCAGAUUGAUUUGCUCAAUUCCUGGAAAUGAUGGGGCCGAUACUCAUUUUGAUGAGCUACAGGAUAUUUACUUACUCCCCACAAGAGAUGAAAGAAAUCCUGUAGUAUAUGGAGUCUUCACCACAACCAGCUCCAUCUUCAAAGGCUCCGCUGUUUGUGUGUACAGCAUGGCUGACAUCAGAGCAGUUUUUAAUGGUCCAUAUGCUCAUAAGGAAAGCGCAGACCAUCGUUGGGUGCAGUACGAUGGAAGAAUUCCUUAUCCCCGACCUGGCACUUGUCCAAGCAAAACCUAUGAUCCACUGAUUAAAUCCACCCGAGAUUUUCCGGAUGAUGUCAUCAGUUUCAUAAAGCGGCACCCUGUGAUGUUUAAAUCGGUGUACCCAGUUGCGGGAGGACCAACAUUCAAGCGAAUCAAUGUGGAUUACAGAUUGACCCAGAUCGUGGUGGAUCACGUUGUUGCAGAAGAUGGACAAUACGAUGUAAUGUUCCUUGGAACAGACAUUGGAACAGUCCUAAAAGUUGUCAGCAUUUCAAAGGAGAAGUGGAAUAUGGAAGAAGUAGUGCUGGAAGAGUUGCAGAUAUUCAAGCACUCAUCAAUCAUCCUGAACAUGGAGUUGUCUCUGAAGCAGCAACAAUUGUACGUCGGUUCCCGGGAUGGAUUGGUUCAGCUCUCCUUGAACAGAUGCGACACUUAUGGGAAAGCUUGUGCAGACUGUUGCCUGGCCAGAGACCCCUACUGUGCCUGGGAUGGAAAUGCAUGCUCUCGAUAUGCGCCCACUUCAAAACGGCGAGCCAGACGCCAAGAUGUAAAGUAUGGAGACCCGAUCACCCAGUGCUGGGACAUAGAAGACAGCAUUAGUCAUGAAACUGCUGAUGAAAAGGUGAUUUUUGGCAUUGAAUUUAAUUCAACCUUCCUGGAAUGUAUACCUAAAUCCCAACAAGCAUCUAUUAAGUGGUAUAUCCAGCGGUCAGGAGAUGAGCAUCGAGAGGAGUUGAAACCUGAUGAAAGGAUCAUCAAAACAGAAUACGGGCUACUGAUUCGAAGUUUGCAGAAGAAGGACUCUGGGAUGUAUUACUGCAAAGCCCAGGAGCACACUUUUAUCCACACCAUAGUGAAGCUGACUUUGAAUGUCAUUGAGAGUGAACAGAUGGAAAAUACCCAGAGGGCAGAGCACGAGGAGGGGCAGGUCAAGGAUCUGUUGGCCGAGUCACGGUUGAGAUACAAAGACUACAUCCAGAUCCUUAGCAGCCCAAACUUCAGCCUCGACCAGUACUGCGAACAGAUGUGGCACAGGGAGAAGCGGAGACAGCGAACCAAGGGCAGCCCCAAGUGGAAACACAUGCAGGAGAUGAAGAAGAAACGAAAUCGAAGGCAUAACAGAGACCUGGAUGAGCUUCCGAGAGCCAUGGACACGUAGUUUUUUCUUUAAUUUAAAGAAAAGAAUGCUUUACCUGCAAAAAUAGCAUCUUCUGUUUUGUACACCCCAUAUACGAACUCAUAAGAGCUUUCCACGGAGUUGUGCUAAGGCAAAGGACCCAAGAACGAUAAUCUGAAUAAGACUAUAUGUGGUGAAUAUGGCAUAGCGAGGGCAAAUAAUUCAUCUGAACCGGUUUUCCGAGAACUAAACAUGUACUUGCAAAGUAGUAGAAUUAGCCUCAAAAUAGGGGCUUCCCAUUUGUAAAUGUUUUAUGUCCUGAGUUUUUGAAUUUGUUAUGUCAUGUAAAUACCUGAGGUCAGCAAGCAUCAAAUUUUAUAUUGUCAUAAGGUGCUUUAUUUCCCUUGCAUGGACGUUAAGGAUGGAGUUGACCAUGCAGUUGUGCUAUAUAUAUGUUCUUAUGAACAGAUAUAUCAAUUCUGCUCUAGGACUGGCUACCACACGGUAGGAACUGGAAGACACAAAUGCACACAGCCCACACUAUCAACAGGAUCUUUCCCGGUUCACUCUUGGUUCAUGGUUUAGGAGUUUGGAGAGGUGCAUUAUUUCAAACUACAGAGGUUACGUUCGUUGUACUGCAGUGUGAUUUACUGAAGGUAUAAAUGCUCCUCCCAGCAUUCCUUAUGACUUGUCAGGAGAAACAGGUUCGUGGAGAGAAGUUAGUGCUCGGUUAUGUGUUUUUAGAAUAUAUGCCGAGCUUUACAGGGACGGAAUGCUUCAUAAAUAUUUUAAUAAGACAUGGGAAAACAUUUUAAUAAGGGAAACACCAUGAUGUAUACUGCAUCCUAAUGGGAAGGCAUACAGAUGGGAUUUGUUAAGAGACAGAAAGAAAGACAGCCAUAAAUUCUGGCUUUGGGGAAAACUCAUAUCCCCAUAAAAAGGAAGAACAAUCACAAAUAAAGUGGGCGAAAUGUAAUGUAGCUUUGGUCACCAGAGUAUAAGUAGCUGCCAAUUUGUAAUCCAUCUGUUAAAAAAAUUCUACAUUAUAACAAACUGCUUGCGAAAGUCUGAGGAAAAGUAAAUUUUCUAAAAGAUCAUGGGAAGAAUGAACACAGAUUUAUUUACAACCAAUGGGAUUUCAGUAGUACUUCCUCUCUUUUUUUCUAAAAUUUCAUUGUACUCUGUAAAUUAUUUCCAUUUACUGCCUUUAUUCUCUCCUGAAUAUUGGAUUAUUGGAUUUUAUUUGAGUGAAUAGGAAAAUAACAAUAUAUGCAUAUAGAGAGAGAUAGAAUUAGGUAGACUAGAGUGGUGGGGAGUGGGGAUAUAUAUUUGUUGAAUAACAGAACAAAUGCAAAAAUUUUGACAACGGAAAGGGUUAAAUUAACUCUUUGACAUCUUUUCUUCACACAAUCUUUUUGCAUUUCUGAGAUUAUAUGCUGUAAUUCAAGUAACAUUGCUUUCGUAAUUUAAUAAUAAAUAAGCCUAAUGCAUGUAAAGAAACCGAACUCGCAGCAUUAACCUAAACAUUUUUCAUAUUUUGUUAGCACUUUCGAAUGUUUCCAAUUUGACUUUCCCUCUCUGCAUACGUAUGGUAUGUUUCCUGCCUGUGGAAGCAGGACUCACCUUUCCUUCUUGGAACACAAAACCCUUAGCCUUCUUCUGUUUUGCCUCUUCACGCCCUUUUUAGUGUGAAAUGAAAAAUUAGUCACUUCCUCACAUGGAAGGCAGCCUUUCAGAAAACUGAAUAGCAGACAUUGCUCGUUUAUCAUGCAUGCUGCAUAUCUUGAAAGAAGAGCCUCUGAGAACCUGUGUGGUUAAAGGGCACCUUAUUAGAGUUCAGUGUCAUGUCUGUGACUGACUCGAUGUUCAGAACAUUCAAUCUUACGUUCAUUUUAUUUGUCUUGCUUACCUAUGUCAAAGUAGUCACACUGCUAUGUGAGGUUAAGUACCUCUUUUGAAAUGAUACCGUAAAUAUUUGUAGGUGUCUCACUAUACAGAAAGCUUAAAUAAGUUUUUGUUUGUUUGUUUGUUUGUUUGUUUUUAAGGUGAACCAGACACAAACACUCUUUAAAAGUAAUGCAUAAGAAAGCUGUAGGGAGAUCAGGCUAAUUGAAUAUCAUAAUGAGAGUGUCUGUAACUUUGGAUUCGCUGGGUCUAAAUGUUCCAGGAACUCAUAGCAAGCUCAAAGCAAAUAAAUGGGAGGCUGUUUUAUUUUUAAGAUUUCCUGUAUAUCAGACAGUCAUGAUCAAAGCAGAGAUGGCUUUGGGAAAAUUACAUGAAGCUCAAAUGUUAGGAUUGACUUCUGUAAUAAAUUUGGUUUUCAUCAAAAUACGAAUGUUCAGGCCAUUUUUUAAUUGCUCCUUUUUAAUCUUAAUUAUUUAGAUAAAGUUUGGGCAACUUCUUUUACCCUACAGCUAAUAUUUGGGCUGCUUUAGAUCUAAAACAUUAACUUAUGGUAAUUGCUUAAAAUAUAUUUGAAAUAUUGAGUAAAUAUUGAGUGAAACAAAAAGUCAUAGAAUAAAAAAAUAUGGACAAAGAUUUAUGUGUAUUUGUAAAGAUAGAGGACAUCUAAGCUACAUUGAAUUUUUAACCUUUUAAUUGCCUGGAACACUUAAGACAGUGUGAAUGUAUUAAGUCUAGGGCUGAGACACAAUAUAUACUUCCUCACCACUGAAGGUUUUACCAAAAUUUCCUUGAAAUACUGAAAACUAAAAUUAUAGUCAUAGUUUCAAAAAUGUUUGCUAAGAAAUCAGCUAUCUAUGGAGAGGUCUUAAAAUGUCUGCUUAUUCUUGGUUUCAUAUUUUUCUCCCCUGUUUUGAAUACAUAUGUCUUUAACUUGCAUAUUCUUGCCUGCAUUUCAUUCCAUCUAUUUAUGCUGCUAAAUGGAAUUCUGCCUUUCUGCAUACAUUUACAUUCAAUUCAUUGGGAAUUUUGAGAGUUUGCUUAGAAAUGAAUAGUAAUUAAUUUAUGUAGAAGCUUUUUUUCCUCCAAAGAGCUCAAAACACUGCAUUCAUAUUACUGAAUAAACAUUUUGGAAAACCAACCAAAUUACUUAAGAGAUAGAAAAGUAGUCAGAGAAAUUCAGAAAUUUGCAAAAGCUACAACAGUAGAGGAAUCAUAAUCUGUACCAAAUCUCACCAAUGUUUGGCUAACUGAUGCUCAUUUUCAAUAUGCUACCUGCAAAAUUGUCUUACUCUUGAAUUCUGCCUUUGGUCAAUAUUUCAGUUCUUUUAUGCUGUUAAGUUUUGUUCCUGCUGAAUUGUAUAGACUCAAUUAAAAACUGAGUUUACAGUGGCCAGUGACUGUUUUUCAACAUUAUCACAACUAAACUUUCAAAGUUUUAUGUUAACCACAUGUCCACAGAAUAUUAAGUUGAAUAAGAACAUUAAUUAGACACUGGUAUUUUAAACUUAAAUAUAAGCUAUAUUUCAUAUAUAUAAUAAAUACCAAUGAAAAUCAAAACUGAAAUGGCUUCUCUUUAGAAUGUUCCAUUUGUCGCAGACAACAUGUUGGAAAAGUGAUUAGCCUUACUGGGAAUGGAUAGUUUAGAAAAAAGUGAUAUUUGAAAUGUUUUUAUAGAAAGAUGUAUUUUUCUCAGUAAAUGACCACAGCAUUUUAAUAAUGUAGCUUACAAGUGAGGUUAAAAAACAAGAUUUAAAAUUCCAAUAUUGACAGUGCAAAGAUAGGAAUACGCACAUGAAUUAUACCUCUCAUUUAAAUAUUUUGUAGUGUAAAUUAUUUAUGGUAAGUUUGAGAUAGAGGAUUUUUUGGGAAAGGGCAAAAAUCUAUCAGGUAGUCAUGUAAUUUAAUUCUGGUAUUGUAAGUGGUUACCAAUCAAUUUUCAAUUACAGUUUUGCUAUUUUAAAAGAAAUGUAGUCUUGUAAUCUAAAAUAAUUGAAAAUUGUCAAAUGUAUAUUUUGGUUGUAUUAUAUAAUAAAACACAAGCAUUAGUGUUC